AAGCAGGGUGCCCCCAAGCCGGGCGUCUCGGAUGGCGUCCGCCAGGCCGAGGCCGCCUUGACGAAGAAGGCGGAACAGCCCCGCCAGAAGGAGGUUCGCAUGUCGGCCAUGUCCGAGAACGAGGUGAUGGACCGAUUGCGGUCCGUCGUGUCCAAGGACAACCCCAACGAAUCAUACAGCAAGCAGCGGAAGAUCGGACAAGGUGCCUCCGGGUCCGUGUACGUGGCCCGGGUCAAGGAGCAUGCCACCUCACCGGUCGCUCAUGAACUGUACCGGCAGUACGGGCCCCGGUGCCAGGUGGCCAUCAAGCAGAUGGAUCUGCGCAGCCAGCCGCGGAAGGAGCUGAUCGUGAACGAGAUCAUCGUCAUGAAGGACAGCCAGCACGCCAACAUCGUCAACUUCCUGGACUCGUUCCUCCAGGAGUCGAGCAACGAGCUCUGGGUGGUCAUGGAAUUCAUGGAGGGCGGUGCGCUCACGGACGUGAUUGACAAUAACCCGGUGAUCCAGGAGGAUCAGAUCGCCACCAUCUGUGUCGAGACCUGCAAAGGAUUGGCCCACCUCCAUAGCCAGAACAUUAUCCACCGUGAUAUCAAGAGUGACAAUGUCCUUUUGGACCGAGCGGGCCACGUGAAAAUCACCGAUUUCGGGUUCUGCGCCAAACUGACCGAGUCGAAAAACAAACGCGCCACCAUGGUGGGUACGCCAUACUGGAUGGCCCCUGAGGUGGUGAAGCAGAAGGAGUAUGGUCCCAAGGUCGACUGCUGGUCCUUGGGUAUCAUGGCGAUCGAGAUGAUCGAGUCCGAGCCGCCGUACCUGAACGAAGAGCCGCUCAAGGCGCUGUAUCUCAUCGCCACCAACGGGACGCCCCGGCUGAAGAAGCCCGAGAAACUGAGCAAGGAGCUCAAAUCCUUCUUGAGUGUCUGUCUCUGUGUUGACGUCCGCAGCCGAGCCACGGCCGACGAGUUGCUGGCGCAUGAGUUCCUCCGAUCGGGAUGCAGCCUUGCGAGCCUAGCCGAACUGCUCCGCUGGAAGAAGAACAGUCAAUGAUCUCGAUGAUCUAAUUUUUUUGCUUUUCCGCGUUGUUCUUCUACCGGACAGUCAAUUUCCCCUCCCCCUGCACGAUUUACACCAGAUCUGGCCUCACGCACAUAUGGGUACCAUUUACGCCGCCUCCGGUUGAUUUUGCUAUUCCUGACGACCUGCAUUGAUUGCACUUCAAUUUUUCUCUCGUAUGAUAUCCAACCCAAAACAGCUUCGUCAGCAGACUUGGCGUGGAUGAUUGGGCGUUUUUUUUUUUUUUUUU